AUGUAUCUCAUCCGUCCAGCUUCAUCUACCAUAAACAAUCCUUUGAUUCGAACCAUAUCGUCACUUGUUCCUGGGAAUAUUCUACAAGGCGCCCAGUGGAACUACCGUAUUCUCAACCUCGUCAAGGGAGAUAGCACGCACAUCUCUACUGUCUUCAAAGCUGAGGUGAUUCCACGUGAUGACUCUCGUAACGUCCCCGAAGGGCCCCAAUGGGCUUUUAUCAAAGGAGCUUCACCUGACGAUAAAAUUGCUAUGAAGAACAUGGACCGUGAAAUUCGGACCUACAGCCUUCCUGGUGUUGCUUCCAGCCAUUGUGUCAUUCUGGAGGACUCUAAAUAUGUGAAUACAGACUAUAAAUCCGCUAAUAUUCUACUUUCUGGCACCGGUUCUGACUCCAUUACCGCUAAAGUGGGAGACUUAGGACUGGUUGUUCCGGCUGGUGAGCUGCUUAACGCCCAGCCAUAUGCCAUGCGAGCUCCCGAAGUCUUCCUUGGUGAAGCAUGUGCAGGGCCAUCGCAGGUCUGGGCAGUUGCCGCGAUGUUACUUUGCUGGAUAAAAACCGGCGUGUUAGGAAUGUGGGAUAGCCCUCAUCCUCUUCUUAACAUGCCUUGGUCUAUGGCAAAGAUCAAACGGCUCUUCCCCAACUGGAAAAUUCCGACUCCUGAUGAGGUCAAUGGCCAUUUCCUUAAAGCCUCACUAAAUAUUGCCGUGAAUCUCGGUAAAUGUGUGCCAGAACUACAAGCUAUCUUACCUUUUGACAAGGAGACAAAAACGAUGGAGAUGCCGAAUCAGCUGAGGGAUCUUCUUCGUUUCAUGUUGGUACACGAUCCGGGAAAGAGGCCAUCUGCUUCAUCUGUGCUAGCAUCGAGGGAGCUACGAGCUUUUGAGAAUCUUAUGGGAGCAUAA